ACGUGUCAUGACGACAGUGCUCCCCCAUCACUAUAAAAAGCCACUGGCUUCUACUAGUUCAAAUCAUCCCAAAGCUUCUGAGAGCCCCAAGAUGUCUUCCAAAUACUUGCUAGUGUUUCUUCUUGGAGUGGUGGCUUUCACCACCACAACUCCUUCUCUUGCUGAUAACCAUGACCCCAAGCCUCCUAAAAUUCCCGUACCCCCAAUUCACAAGCCUCCUCCAACACAACUUAACAAGGAAGAGCCAUUGCCAUUCCCGGAACACAAGCCCCCAACCCAACAACCCAAGGGUAAAGGAGGAGAGAAGCCUCCACCAGUUGACAAGCCACCCCACAAUGAACACCAUUUGUUAGAGGUGGAGGGCCAAUUUCCCAAGGGAGAAAAGCCACCUCCAGAGAGCAAUGACCAGCCUCCCCAGGUACAAAAGCCACCACCAGAGCACAAUGACCAGCCUCCAAAGGGAAAGAAACCUCCACCAGAGAACAACCAGCCUCCAAAGGGAAAGAAGCCUCCACCAGAGAACAAUGAGCCUCCAAAGGGGAAAAAGCCUCCACCAGAGAACAAUGAGCCUCCUAAGGGACAAAAGCCACCACAAGAGCACAACGAGCUUCCUAAGGGACAAAAGCCACCACCAGAGCAGAAACCAGGUGAUGAGCCUCACAAGGGUGAGAAGCCACCACCUGAGCACGAACCAGGACACCCGGGAGAUGAGCCACCAAGAAAAGGAGAGAAGCCACCACCAGAGCACAAAGGAAACCCGGGCAACGAGGAGCCUCCAAAGGGUGAGAAGCCGCCUCAUCACAAACAAGACACCAGAUUUCGUUUGCUAGAGGAGCCAUUGGAUGGGAAAUUGCCUCCUCAGGGAAAGAAGCCGAAGCCACCCACAAAACCCAAGCCACCAACCCCACUUGAUGAGCACAAGCCAUUCCCAGAGCCCAAGCCAGAGCCCAAGCCAGAACCAAAGCCGGUUGAUCAGCCUCCUAAGGGCAAGGGAGACAAGCCACCACAUCAUGAUCACCAUCUUGAACAGAAUGUGGUGGAGGGUAGUGGAAGAGACCCAUCAAAGCCACCGAGGAAACUAAAGCCCCCAACUGGCCCUGUCAAGCCACCUCACAAGCCACCACACAAACCUCCAUUUCCCAACUGAAACUGAUCAUGCAUGCAUGAAUGACUAGCUUGCUAGGUUCACGUCAUUAUGUAGAAUAAGAGAUGUGUUAUGUGUGUUUAAUUUCUUAUAAUGUCACUGUGAUGUACGGAUCGGUUACGACUAUAGCAGUAGUACUGUGCUCUUCUCAUGUAAAGCAUCCGGUGUCAUUUGUGUUGUUAUUAUAUAUAAACUACGCUUUUCUUCCCUCUUUAA